UCAGAUAUCUAAAAAUAUAGGAGUGUCAAUUAUAUAGCACUGAAAAAUAUUUUAUUUCUGAACUGGAUUAGGGUUUUCGUGAAACAUGGCGGAACAAGCGGAGCAUAAGGAGGGUCCAGUAGAGUCGAUAAUGGAGAAGAUAAGUGAGAAGAUACACGGUGACGAUCACGAUUCAUCGUCGUCUUCUGAUUCGGAUUCCGAUACUCAGAAACCGGCCUCACCAUCGUCGGUGAAGGCCAAGGUUUUCCGUCUGUUUGGCAGAGAGCGACCGGUUCACCAUGUUUUGGGUGGUGGAAAACCUGCUGAUGUGUUCUUAUGGAGAAACAAGAAGAUUUCUGCCGGCGUACUUGGUGGAGCCACUGCAGUCUGGGUUCUUUUUGAGUUGAUUGAAUACCACCUGCUUACUCUUGUCAGCCACAUUUUAAUACUUUCACUUGCAGUACUGUUUUUGUGGUCCAGUGCGCACAGCUUCAUCAAGAAGGCUCCUCCCCGCAUCCCUGAAGUUCAUCUUCCAGAGGAGCCAAUUCUACAGGUUGCUUCGGCAUUGACAAUUGAGAUCAACUGGGCUUUGGCUGUAUUACGGAGUAUUGCAUCUGGAAGAGACUUAAAGAAGUUUCUCAUUGUUAUAGUUGCCUUGUGGGUCUUGUCGAUUGUGGGGAGUCGGUGCAACUUCUUGACCUUGUUUUAUAUAUCAUUUGUUUUGUUACACACUGUUCCUGUUCUUUAUGAGAAGUAUGAAGACAAGGUUGACCCCUUAGCUGAGAAGGCAACAAUUGAGAUAAAAAAACAGUAUGCAGUUUUUGAUGCCAAGGUUCUGAGCAAGAUUCCAAAGGGUCCAUUGAAAGCCAAGCUAGUUUAGCUAGUCAUUGCUGGUUAUUUGGUGUUGGUGAUUCUGUUCUCUAACCAUAUUCUGGUUGUAAUCGUGUUCCCUACAAUUUGUUUCAAGUGUUUGGUUUGCAAUUUGAACUGGUUUAGGCAUUUUGUGGGGUUAGUUUUGAGUUGUGAUUUUAUUUAUGUGCUUAUGGUAGCUUGCAGAUAGCACUUUUCAACUCUAGAUGAUUCUGUGACAACGAUGGUUAUAUUUGUAUAUUAGCAGUUUCUUGUAAA